AUGUCCAUUCAUUUUUUAGUAAAUAGACAUGAACCAAUAAUCAACAUAGGCAGAUUUGGGUUUACUAAGUCUAAUAAAUCUAUAAUUGAAAAUCCGAAAGGAUAUCGAAUCUGUGCAUUAAAUACUACAACUGAUUUGAUGAAGAAAUCAUACGCUUGGUUGAAACUUUAUACGAGAAUCGGUCAAGAAGCCCUGUGUUUUUUGUUGACAAACUAUUCUAUUUUUCUUGAGCUCAAAAAUGGAUGCUAUAUACAAAUUAUGGGUCCAUCCAUCAGUAGAAAAUGUCCCAUUGAAGAUUUGAAUAAAUCUUUCAAAGCCGCUAUCUUAAAUGAUCGCCCUAAUAUAUAA